AUGCCGCAGAAGCCGGCUUCCGAGCUUCCUCUGACCGAAUACCCGGCCGCGAACCCGUCUUCUUUCAGUCCACAAUCUCAGCAACCAUCUCUGCGAGCAAGAACUUCUCAGUCCACAUCCGGUGGAAAUCAAUCACCUCAAUCGACCGAAAAGGCCUCAUUUGCAAAGCUGGGCGGACGUAGGCAGCGGAGUGGUGUGACCUCUACCGCACCGCAAGAAGAGCAGGACGAUUUAAACAAGUUUGGAAAAUUGUACGAGAAAAUCCUCACGUAUGGUACCGGAACCCGCUAUUCGAUAUACAUCUUACCCGUGGCUCUUAUCCUUGCCAUUCCCGUGAUUGUAGGCGCGACGCAAGUAUCGGAUGACCCGAAGAAAGAUCCGAAAAUCGGAGGCGUGAGAGUUGUUUGGUUUUUUGCCUGGUUUGAAGCAGUAUGGCUUACGCUCUGGGUAAUGACAUUCGUCGCGAGGAUUAUUCCAGGCGUAUUUAGCUUCUUUGCUGGGGUUGUCAGUUCAGAGACUAGGAAGUAUAAAAGGGUAUUGGAAAACCUCCAGGGCAUGAUUACCAUCUUUGGAUGGGUUGUCAUUUCUUUUGUGCUAUACGAGGUUCUAUUCAGCACCUCUGCUGAUGGGAAUACGCCUGAUGGCUGGACCAGUGUCUUCAAGAAGGUGCUUGGUGCUAUUCUUGUCGCGACUAUUAUUUUCCUUAUCGAGAAGGUAUUGGUUCAGCUUAUUAGCGUCAGCUACCAUUCUCGGUCAUAUAACAAUAGGAUAGGGGAGUCGAAGAGAUACGUAUGUCUUCUUGGAAUUCUCUUUGAGGCAUGUCGGAAGUUAUUUCCAAUGUUCGGGCCGGAGUUCCGAGAUGAAGACAAUAUCAUGCAUAAUAUCAUGGGGGCUUUUGUCAAGAUAGGUCGUGGCGAUUCAGAGCACAGCCACCGCAUAUUUAAUGGCAUGGGACGAUUCAACAACAAGAUGAAUUCCGUUUUUGGAGAUAUCGCCACGGAGCUGAAGGGUAGAAGCGGUCUCCCCGAGCGGUCUGCCGAGUCGAUAGUGUCGGAGUCGCUCGGCAAGACGGCAACAGCCCAAGCUCUUGCUCGGAGGCUCUGGCUUUCUUUCGUCGCGGAAGGAAAAGAGGUGUUGCAUCUGAGCGACCUCGAAGAGGUGCUAGGCGAGGGGAACCAAGAUGUCGCCAAAGAAUGCUUCCUCAUGCUCGACCCCGACGAGAACGAGGACGUCACUUUAGAAGAAACGGCCCUGCGAGUGAAAGAGAUAGCCUCGGAUCGGAAGGCUAUCGAAAAGAGCAUGCAUGAUGUCAGUCAGGCUAUCAAAGCUCUAGACAACGUUCUGGCAUCGGUAGCAGUUCUUCUUUCUAUCUUUGCGUUGAUCUGUUUCCUGGAUACGGGCUUUCACUCUAUUUUGUCGACUGCUAGCACAACGCUUCUAUCGUUAUCAUUCGUAUUUUCCGUGACAGCACAGGAGUUCUUGGGGUCAUGUAUAUUCUUAUUUGUCAAACAUCCUUAUGAUAUCAGCGACCGUGUCGAUAUUUCGGGACCAGACGGCAUCAACUCCCUAGUGGUUGAGCAGAUAUCGCUGUUAUAUACCAGCUUCAAAAGGAUCAAAGACUUGGAGUUAAUCCAGGUCCCUAAUAGUGUUCUCAACACUUUGUGGAUAAACAAUAUCAGUCGCAGCAAAAGCUUGCUAGAGCGGAUAGAUAUUUAUAUUUCCUUUGACACGUCAUUCGAAGACAUGAAUGCUUUACGUCUUGAAAUGCAAAAAUUCGUCAGUGGCCCAGAAAAUAAGAGAGAGUGGCAGGAGGAUGUAAUGUUACGCUGUUUGGGAGUUGGCAGUAUGGACAAGUUGCAACUUCAACUCGAAGUCCGGCACAAGUCAAAUUGGUCCGUAGAGCACAUUCGAGCGGCACGUCAUUCGAAAUUAAUGUGUGCACUCGUGCUCGCGCUCCGAAAAAUUCCUAUCUUCGCACCAGGUGGAGGCGCGGCUGCACUUGGGGAUCCAACAAAUCCAGCAUACAGCGUUGCUGUAUCUGAUGAAGUGGCGGUAGCAGCAAGGAAGAAAGCGGCAGUGGAUUUAGAUGCAGCAAGACUUACGCCAUUGAGCAAGCCGAACUCGGGGAAUGCACAACUCCCUACAGACAGAGUCGUUGAUGAGGCAACGAAUACCACACCUAGCCCUGCCACCCAAACCACAGCUGCAGAUGCCAUGAAGAUGGUGCAACUCAACGAGAUUCUGCAAGGCCCGGCAGACGACGAUGGAAGAGAAGGGCAAGACUUGCAGAGGAUUUCAAGUCCAUCUGGAAUAGCAGCCGAAGCAAACAAUAUCCAGAGCAGCGAAAGUUUAAGACUUCAAACGACCCAAAGUCCACAGGGUCGGCGACGGGCUGGAUCAUCCGCACCUCCACAGGUAAUUACUACAUCUCAACAAGAUCCUCAGGCUUUAGAGCUAGUACCCAGCUUUGGCGAAGCUUGA